AUGGCAUUAUUCCUUACUCGCUCAGCUCCCCGCUCUUUGACAGCUCUGAACUUUUCCCUUCGCGCUACUCGUCCCUCUACCUCCCCCUUCCUCCGCCGAGGACUUGCAACAGCCACCGAGGAGCAACCACGGUUACGGUUAGGAAGCAUAGCCCCCAAUUUCUCCGCCAAAACCACACAGGGUGAUAUUGACUUCCACUCAUGGCUCGGCGGAAAGUGGGCCAUCUUAUUCUCUCACCCAGCAGACUUCACCCCAGUCUGCACCACGGAGCUUGGAGCUUUUGCGAAACUGAAGCCCGAGUUUGACAGGAGAGGCGUGAAGAUGAUUGGACUCUCCGUCAACGACCUCUCUUCCCACGGCCGCUGGAUUGCCGACAUUAACGAGACAUCCAAGACCAAGUUGCAGUUCCCCAUAAUCGCAGAUGCCGAUCGCAAGAUAGCAUAUACAUACGACAUGGUUGACGCCCAAGACGUGACGAACAAAGACGAGAAGGGUAUCGCGUUUACUAUAAGGAGCGUCUUCGUGAUCGAUCCCCAGAAGAAGAUUAGGUUGACAAUGAUGUACCCGGCCAGCACGGGCAGGAAUACAAGUGAAGUACUACGGGUGAUCGAUUCGUUGCAAACUGGCGAUGGGAAGGGUGUCACGACACCGAUUGACUGGAUACCUGGCGAUGAUGUUAUUGUACCGCCAAGCGUAUCCACGGAGGAUGCGAGGAAGAAGUUUGGGGAGGUUAGGGUAGUUUAUGUGAGUGCUGUCUCCAAGACAGCGCUGAUCGUCUUCAUUCAAGAAUUUACGCUCUGGCAGAGUGGAACCGGAGGCAUAAUUCUUUUCAGGGCCGCGGAGUCGAGUCUCAGCCUGUAUCAUCAUAAGAUCAGUCCAUACGAUGACUGCUGGACUCCUUUCCAGGAUUUGCCGCCACGGCUUGUGUUUUCCCAAAGAUGGAACGAUUUCGCUGAUACCAGUACAGAAGGAAAGAACGAUUGA